AUGUCUUACCCUCCUUACCAACGAUCGGCUAGAAAGCAACAAAUCGAUCGGCUCAAUGAUAACCCUUUUAGAUCGUCAUCCUCAUCAAGUGGUAGCGUUCCUUCAAUAUUUAAGACGGGGAACUCUCAACCUGGGCUUGGGGAUCGGCCUUCUAAAAGAUCUAGGUUAGAUGUGGAGAGUCCGUUUCGUAUGUCAAGUCCAUCAGUAACUCCUUCUAGGGAUACUUUUAAUUUUAUGCCCGACUUGAGUUCUUUACAAAAAUCCACUUUAAAUUUUACAAGUUUUAGCCAAAAACGUGAUCAAGACUUGGUUGAGGCUCGUGCAAAGAUUCAAUCUCUCGAAAUAUCAAAAGAGAAUUUAGAGUUGAAAGGAUUAACAAGAGAUAAUGACUUUUAUAACAAUCGAGAGAAAGAGGCAUUGAAAAGUUUGGGAGAUUUGGAACACGAGAAUAAUUUAUUGAAACAAGAAGCUGUUCGUGCAUCUCAAACACUUGAAGAUGAAAUUCGGGAAUUACAACAGAAUUUGACUGAACUUAAAUCCGAAAGUCAGAUUAAAGAAAAUGACUUGGCGCGUAAACUUUUGAAUUCUGAAUCAGAAGCAUCGAAACUUCAACAUCAGAUCGAUAAUCUAAAUGAACAGAUUCGCCAACAACAUGAUAUAUCUGCUUCCAGGAAAAAACAAUUGGACGAAACUCAGCAACGAUUGGAAGAAACACAAGAAAAGCUAAACGAGUUUAGCAUGUUAUCUGAUCAAUUAGAUCAAAUUGAAACUCUUAAUAAGAAAAUUCAAGAUCAGUCAAACCUUAUUCAAGAACUUGAAUCAAGAAAUCGAGACCUAACAAGGGAAAUUAGGCACAAUAAACAAUUGUCUCCUAGCAUUCAAAUUUUACAACAUAAACUAGAAAAGGCGGAAGUUCAACUUACACAAAUGAGUAAACUUCGCCGAGAAACUGCUGAAUUGGAAGUUGAAAACGCAAUGUUAAAAAAGGAACAUGUUUCUUGGGUGUCUCUUCUUGACCGAGAAGGUGAUAGCAUUAAUAGCGAUACUCCAUAUAAUGUUGUAAAUGAGCUCAUUUCUAGGCGAAAUGAAAUAGAACUCUUAAAGGUAAAAAUCAGUUCUUUGGAAGAAAAGGUCAAGAAUAAAGACUUUGUAAUUAUUGAUUAUGAGUCUAAAAUUAAAAAAUUAAACUACAAAUGCCAAGCCAUUGAAAAUAAAUUUUUGAAUGAGAUAGAAGCAUCCAAAGGAAGUAAGGAGCUUCUUCAAGUUGAAGUUGAAAUGUUGAGGAGUUCUUUGAAAUCUUAUGAUGAGGAAGAAAAACAUUUGCAAUCGAACUUCGAUGUCCAAAAAAUGGAGAGAAUUCAGAAUUUGGAAAAUUUGCUUGCAGAAUAUAAAACAAAUCUCGAACAAUCCGAAAUGAGAGCAAUUGUUGCUCAGCAGCAAAGACAUGAAGAAUUUAAAUAUCCGGAAACUUUAGAGUUAGACCUUCAUUCAUUCGAGGUGAUGCGAAUUAAUGAAGUAUUAACUAAUGAAAUCUUUGAACUUGAGUAUGACAAAGCAAAUAUGCACAAAGAAAUGGCGUCUUUGCAAAAUCAAAUGAAUAUUUAUGAAGAAUUUGAUUUAAAAGUUCGUUCCUCCGAGUUAAUUAAGCAGAAUGAGGUUCUACAAGAAACCGCAAAAGAGCUCGAUGAUGAUAAUAAAUCUUUGAGAGUAGGAAUCGUUACAUUAGAUAAUCAAUUCGAUAUUCUUGACAAGGAAUUGAAUGCAGAUUUAAAACGGCUCAGUAAAGAAAACGCAUUUUUGAGAAAGGAAUUCUUUUCAUUAAAUAAUAAAAUCGAUGCUCUUGAGAAGGAAUUGGGUAGAGGUGAAUGCGAUUGGGCAACAACCCGAGUAUUGGAGAUAAAAGAUAAUCCUGCUUCAAAGGAAAUUUCUUUACGCGAAAAUAAACUGCAGGGAUUAAUCACGGAAAAUCAAGAAUUGAAAGAUAAACUUAAAGAAUUACUUCAGAUUCUUGAACAUCAACCCAACACUAUGUUAGGAUCAAAUGGAGAUAAUGACCAACAAAACGAAUUGAGAAUUAUUCCAAUUCAAAGUUAUUUGAAUUUAGAAGAAGAAAAUAAGCAACUUAAAUGUCAAGUCGCAGAUAAGGAAAAGAGAAUGACAAGACUUAAAGAAGUUUGGACAGAUAAAGCCCAAGAAUAUAAGGAAGCUGUUUAUAAUCUUCUUGGUUAUAAGCUAGAAUUUCUUGAAAACAGUCGCGUUCGUUUAACUUCUAUAUACUCGGAACAAAACGAUCAUUCAUUCGUUUUUUCCUCUGAUAAUGAAAGUGGUACCAUGCAACUUAUUAAUGGUGGAAAUACCGAAUACAUAAAAAGUCAAGAUAACUUGAUCAAAUAUUGGGUCGUGGAACGUGAUUCUAUUCCUUGCUUUUUAAGCAGUUUAACUUUAAGGCUAUUUGAACAAAAGAAGUUAGAACCGAUUAAUGGAGAGGUGGAAACGUUAGCGGGUUAG